UAUUAGUUGAAUGAUCUUUACCGAUAAACUUGCAUUUCAAGCUCUGAUUUCAAGCUGAUGCAAAACAUCUCAAGCUCACUGAGGAAGAUCUUAGCAUUGCACCGUUUUUCUGCAGCUCUAGCCCGGACACACUCCACCAUGGAUAACUCUCCGCUGGCCGUUAGUCUGCAGGAUGUACAGGAGGCGAGGGAGAGGAUACGAGAGAGGGUCCACUGUACCCCAGUACUGGAAUGUACUUAUCUCAACUCACUCUCCGGCAGGCAACUCUUCUUCAAGUGUGAGCAGUUUCAGAAGACUGGCUCCUUCAAGAUCCGAGGUGCCACCAAUGCUGUUAUGAAACUGGUAAAGGAGGCUGAAGACUCUGGCAAAGAGAAGCCAGUGGUGGUCACACACAGCAGUGGCAAUCAUGCUCAAGCACUGGCCCUUGCGGCAAAGCUCUGUGGUAUCCAGGCUCAGAUCGUGAUGCCUCAAACCAGCCCCACGAUCAAGGUGCGGGCAGUCGAGGGAUAUGAGGGUGUGGUCACUCUCUGUGUACCCUCUGAGCAGGGGAGGCGAGAUGCUGCUGCUGCAGUGAUGAAGUCCGUAGGACCUCGGGCAGUGCUGAUUCCCUCCAGCAACGAUCCUGACAUUAUGGCUGGACAAGGUACCAUUGCGCUGGAAUUGUUUGAGCAGGUCCCUCACCUUGAUGCCAUUGUGGCAUCUGUCAGUGCAGGAGGGUUUGUGGCUGGGAUUGCCGUAGGUGCUAAGGGUCUGAAUCCCAACAUUAAGAUAUUUGUGGCUGAGCCGGAGCUGGCUGAUGACUGUGCCAAGUCUAUUGAAGCGGGAAAAAUCAUUCCAAACCCAACCUUUCCUAACACUGUCGCUGAUGCCCUCAAAAUGAGUGUGUGUGAGCUGACCUUCCCAAUCCUCCAAAAACAUGCUAGUGCAGUCAUCACCGUCUCUGAGGAGGAGAUUAUCUCGGCCAUGAGACUGGUUUGGGAGCGUAUGAAGGUGGUGAUUGAGCCAGCUGCAGCCUGUUCAGUGGCAGCUGUUCUCAGCGACAAGUUCAAAGCGAAGGCUGGGCCUGACGUCAAGCGAGUUGGUGUAGUCUUGUGUGGCGGAAACCUAGACUUGGACAAUAUACCUUGGAUUAAAAACUGAACUGAUUGCGUUUUUUGUUGAUAGUAUUUUUGUAGCUAUUUAUACAGCACAGAGUUAAUUGUGUGCCCUCAA